UACACUUUACACGCUGGACGACAUUUUUGCUCGAGUUUAUCGAGACGUCUAACCUAAGUACAGUAAGAUAACGGAACGAGUAAGAUAUGCGAUGCUUUUUGAUCUUUCAUUUAUAUAUACAUAAACAUUGUAUGCUGGUUUACCUCUAGCACACUGUCAGGACCGAAAAGAGAGCAGGAGGACUGGAGUUGAGUUAUAAGCGAACUCCACAGCUAGCUUUGUGUGUGUGGACAAUCAAAACUGCAAGGAGUUUAAUUCAAAUACGCGUUAAACGCUUAUUAUCCGUUUGUUGAUACGGUGUAAUACAUGUGGUGCAUUUGCAGAAUACUGUACAUCAGAUUCCUUACUGACAGGCAGUGUCAGGUGUGAUGCUAACUGUCUGAUAGCCUGUGCUCUGUUGCUAAUGUUAAUGGUUCUUUUUACAUGCAAUAAUUCGGUUGGGGGUUCUUUAUUAAUCGUUGUGUUGCUAAAAGAGCUCUGGUUCGUAUUGUUUGACUGAAGCUAACACACAGCUGUUGCUUCACUUGUUCUGUAUUCACUUUUUGACGUAAUUAUAAGCUAAUACUAUUAACACAGUGGAUCGCUGUAUUCACAAGUGUAUAUAUACCACACUCGAUCAUGACUGCAGAUCUGCAGAGUUGACCUUAACCGAAUAAAAAUGCAUGAUCUAGCGCUGUAGAAUCAGAAAUCUCAAGACUGUGCUGUUAGCUCUCAGAUAGAUAGGCCACGUCGCCUGUGUGUGUUGAUGUAUGUGAUCUACUGAGAGGCGUUGUGUGAAUGUAAACAAAUAAAAACGUUAAGUCGCCAACUGUGCGGAAGGGACACGGGAGAUACGUCAAAGUAGUUCUGUCAUCAACUUCAGGACAUCGCACGCCUGCUUUAAGACAUAUGGGAAAACAUCGCGGGAACAUGUGUUUCGUUUAAACAUUCAUAGAUUUAUAACUUAGUGAAGAAUUGCACACGCAUUGAAACGUCCUACGCUCACACAAAGACGGAUCGUUAUCUGUGCUAGUUUGAUUACAUGAUGAUCGGGUUCAGCGCGAAUCGACGCGGAGGUCGCCUCCCGUCUUUCAUCCUGAUCGCGUUAUUGGUGAUCGUCGUCAUUCUGGCGUUUAACUACUGGAGCGUGUCCACAAAACACGGGCGGCUGCUGGACGAGCUGGCCGAAGUGCAGACGCAGGUGAAGCGCACGGACGCGGCGCGCUCCCGCUUGGAGAAGAGAAACUCCGAGCUGAUGAUGCAGGUGGACACGCACAGGAAACAGAUCGAUCAGAAGGACGGAGACUACAGCGUGCUGGAGAGCAAACUGCAGGCCAGGGAUGGGAUAGUGAAAUCCUGCACCGACGAAAAGAAUAAGCUGCAGAAUGAUGUCAGUGCCCAGAUGUCUGAGAUUCACAGAUUGAAGGAGCAAGUGAAGGAGUUACGACAGGAGUUCAUCCGACAGGAAGACCAGCUGAGGGAGGUGCGGAAGAACAGCACCAACCUGGAGAAAAAACUUGAGUAUGAGAGUUUGCAGUGUGAUCGACAGAUAGCCGAGCUGAAGGCAGAGUAUGAAGAGAGCAAGAAAAGAGUGGUGGAGGAGGAGGCCUCAAAACUCAGACAGAGUUCAUCAGAGAAAAGUAUUGUAGGUGCAGGGGGUCAACAGGUGGAGGUGGUUCUUGAGAAAUCCAACAAAAGAAAAGAAAGGGAGGACACUGCAGUGCGCCAGACAGUGGAUACACGACAGCAUGACAGCCAAGGUCUUAAAGAUGAGAUGGGUAAACCUGGGAGUGAUGCUGGGAUGCCUGCCAUUGAGGAUAGUGAAGUAGGAAAGAUUGAAGAUGCACAGUUUGCUCUAAAGAAGCCAGCUAUCACGCAGAAACACAUGGAGCCCGCAGAGGCUGCAGCAUUACUAAAGGAGGAGAGGGCAGAUCUCGGAGCAGGUGCUGAUGCUAGACCAGGUGAUGAUUUGGCCCGUGGGCAACCGCUAGACCAGCCAGAUAUGCCCCAUGAUGACAACCUGCAUGUAGGGAACCACGAGGUACUCGUUCAGCAGCAGGUUCCAAAGCCAGUGGCUAAGAAACCCAUGCUGUUUGAUGAGGACAAUAAGGUGGCCAUAAAUGCAGAUGAGUUUGGAGAGCAGCGCAGACAGCUGGAAGCUCCUGAGGGUUUAAAGGCAGAGGGAGCUGGGCUUCCUGCUCCUCCUAACCCUGCUCAGGUUCUGCCCAAACCCAUUGAUCCUCACAAUGGCAUAGAUCCUGUGCUCGCUGAACCCCUGCACCACCGUCAGAGCCGUUUCUUUGAUGAAAAUGAGUCCCCUGUAGAUCCGCAACAUGGCAAUAAGCUGGCGGACUACAAUGGGGAUGAUGGCAAUGUGGGUGAGUAUGAGGCUGACAAGCAGGCUGAGCUGGCCUACAAUGAGGAAGAGGAUGGUGAUGGUGGGGAGGAAGACGCCCAAGAUGAUGAAGACCGGGAGGCUCCAGGUGAAAGGGCAGUGGAUUAUGGAAAGCGACAUCAAGCCAUUGAUAUUCUGUAAUCCCAUCACUUAAAAUCCCUUAAAUAGAAUUUUGGAUGUUCUUGAAAAUGAAGUAACAAAGCAAGAAAAAGGAACUUAAUUUCUUGCCCUCGGAUUUCUGCUGUGAUUUUGGUGUAAUGUACGAUUGGAGACAUUCUGACAAUUCAAACUAUUUCAGUGUCUUCGGAGGGGAAUGAGUUUCAUUGAGCAGUUAUGGCUGUGAAAUCUGUGACUGCUGAUGAGAACUGCAAAAAGGGAUCUUCAUGAUCGACAAAUAUUUGCUUGCACAUGACCUGAUUUGAGAGAAUUGUUUUCUUUACUUUUUUUAUCUGUAGCAAAGGUCUAACAGAAUUGGCUUUUGGAAAUGAGAAAAAUAUUAUAAUGUACAAAUGUGUUUUGUUUGUAGGUUUUUUGGGGGGUGGGGGGGAAUAGACAGGCAAUAUAUCUGUUUAAUUCACAAAGUGGAACAUAUUGAUAUUACUGGUGAAAAGGACCUCUACAAUACCAUUUUCCCCCUCAAAGAACUGCUGAAAAGCAUAAUGCCCCUAUAUCUUUUGGACAAUUGUUGCUGAAUAGUGUAGACUAUUGGAAGAUGCAAUUGAGCUGCUGUUUACCUUUUAUUUUCUAACCACCCUCUGGUUGUCCAGAGAUUAUUCAAGACUUCUCAUUGUUGCGUGAACCAUUUUUUUACUGCGCACUGUUUCUUAAAGAGCACUCAGUAGUGCACACUGAGUCUUGUAAGGACACUGUUGCAUGCAAAAGGAAGCCUUUGUAAAUCAGCCUGUAGAUCAUCAAGAAAAUGAAAAAGCAAUACUUGGUGCCACAGACUAAACUCAUCAUGGCUUUCGACCUGCAUCCUUUCUUACUGUUAGACCUAGAUGUACAGUAAAUAACCGAGGAGUCUGAUUGACAUGGGAUGCUGUAGAAUUCCUAAACUCUCAAAUGGAAAUAAUGAUCAUCGACCUAACUGUUUGUGUUUGCUUCAUAAUACUGAAUGUACUCUUAUAGUUUGUAAUUGUUUUGAGAUCUGUCACAUGGGUGUUUGGGUUCUCCAACUUUUACAGAGCUGUGCAGUGCAGUGCAAUCCAAGGAUAACAUUUAACUAAAUGCUCUAUAUUUCCAAUAAACUGGUCCUGUUUUGGAAAGUACAAAACCUAUCACUGUGAUUGAACUAUAGAAAGUAGCAUUGAGAAGAGCACACUUCAGAAAUCUUCCUAAAAAAAAAUUCCCAGACUGCUUUAAAAACAUAACUGAUUACAUGAAGCUAACAAUAAAUGACUUUAUUUUUUAAUUUUUUUUCCUGUAUACACUCAUCGUCAGUUUGCAUUCAUUGUUCCGUUUAAAUGAACAUCUGUUUUAUUUUUUGAUGUGUAUACAUGCUUAAAUUGCAUUGGUUUCGUGGCCAUUUGUUUACUGUAUUCACCACAUGUGUAUACAUUACAAAAUGUAAAUUUUUAUGUAAAAUAACUUCAUAUUCAGUAGGGUAUGUUGGGGCUAAAGCUUAAUGGAAUAUUUCACUCAAUUUAAUUUCUCAUCUUUUACUCACACUCACGACAGCCCAGAUGUGUAUGACUUAUGCAGAACACAAAUUAAGAUUUUUAUAAAAACAUGUUUUCUGAAAUUUAAGGUCAUAAAAAGUCUUAAAUGAUGCAACAAAAGUCUUUAUUAUCAUUUAAAGAGGUCUUAAAUUUGGGGCGGAAAGACAGGAAUCAUGAUAUGACAUAAUCUGAUUAUCAAACUUCAAAAGAAAUUAUUUAAUUAAAUAAAUGCAUGCGCUGCAUCCUUCAAAGUGAAAACGGGGCACUGUAUUUUCUCCAAGCAUGCGGGGGCUUGUGAGUGUUUUCAGCUGUUGCAGAGCAGUUAACAAUCAUCAAGCCAUAUCGAAAAUGUAUGACAAACUAUCACUAAAGAUCAACUGUUGAUGAUGAUAUAGUGUUGAUGAAAUAUGACAAUGUUUACUUUUAAUUGUUUAUAUUGUAAUACAUUGUAGAUUAUUGUAUGACUGCACAUUUUAUUGCCCUUAUCUGUUUGAAUGAGCAGCUAGAAGCGGUGAAGCGCAUACAUUUCAAAAUAUUUCCCAGGUGUAUUAUUUUUUUUUUUACUAUAAUUUUUUGUAUCAGGAAUUUAAUUACAUUUGGACUCUUGUAGUCUCUGUAUGGCCCUCCAAAACACAGGAAGACUAAGAACAUUUAAUAUAGGCUAACAAUUUUAUUGUUAGACCUUUAAUUUGUAUUUACUUAUAUAAUGGUACAUAAACCAAUUUGAUUGUGAUAUAUUGUAUAUGUGGAAAGCAUGCCUUAUAUCCUACCCUGUUUCAUGUUGAAUGUGUGCCCCUGCCUGUGUAAGUAAGAGUCUAAGAUACAUUAUUUAUUUUGACGUUGUUUGGGUUUGUUUUGGUCAAGGGAUGCAGUAUUAAUUUUAUUUGUCCAGGUCUUGGAAAAAGGUCUAAAAUUAGAUUUUAAAAACUCUGCGGCAACCCUGUAACAAAUUAAUCUCCAUUGUGAUUGGAUCCCACUUUGAAGAUUUUCCAGAACAAUUCUAUUUACCCCACUUAAAAAAACAAUGUGUUUUAAAGGGGCCUUUAGCCCCUGCAACAGAUGGGCUUUUUACCUCCAAAACGUUCCAUUCACUUUAAGACAGGUAUUUAAAAACUUUUAAUUUAAUGACCUUGGACAAAA